CCUGGGCAGGGUUAAAAGAGAAAUGAAACUUAGGGAGCUGGUAGAAGACUGGGCAUCCUGGUGGCCACACACAGAGCUCAGCUGGGAGGAAGGAUGGCUUCGGGCAGGCGGCAGCCGCAACUUGGAGACCUGAUUGAGAUCUUCCGCUCGGUCUACGAGCACUGGGCCAUCUACGUGGGCGGUGGUUACGUGGUCCACCUGGCUAUGCUGAAUGGGACUUCAGGAUCUGGGUCCGUCGUCCUGGAGCACCCCCUGACGGACAAGGCCGUGGUGAAGAAGGAGCUGCUGUCCAAGGUGGCCGGGAGGGACAGGUACCGGGUCAACAACAAACACGAUGACAAGUACUCCCCGCUACCAACCAACAAGAUCGUGCAGCGGGCGGAGGAGCAGGUGGGGCGGGAGGUGCCCUACAAGCUGACCAGCGAGAACUGCGAGCAUUUUGUCAACGAGCUGCGCUACGGGGUCCCCCGCAGCGACCAGGUCACCAACGCGGAAGUUGCGGGAGCAGUGGCAAUAGGUGCGGUGGGAGCAGUCCUGAUCACCGCAGGCCUCUUCACCCUGUUUUCUGGAAGCAGGCGGGAGAGGAAGAGGCAGUGAGGCCGGUGCUGCCCUGUCCUGGGAGGUCUCUCUAGGUUGUUGGGCAGGGGUCUGGGCAUAUGGAUGUCUCUUUGUUCUGUGGUCCUGUUGGCUUAUUUGGGUGUGGGUGUGUGUGUGGGGGCAAAUGAACACACGGG